AUGAGUUUCUUCGGUGAAUUAACAACAGGGACAAAAUUUGAUGUCAAGAAGCACGGCGCAGCCAUGAAGCGUUUCACACCAGAGAAUACCAAAUUGGAUCAUCCUUUUGCGCCUGGCAACUCGACUCCUAUCUGCGAUAUCAUGGAGGUACCCAUGCCCAAUCGCACCCUGAACAUUUUUGGACGCUCCAGAAGCGCGGGAACAAGCGAGGGCGCGGGGCUGUUAGAAGGAAAGGCCCAGGAAGAUAUCCGGAACAACGCCACAACAACGCAUACUCCUGUUAAAAGUAUGAGUAUAAAGAAGAAAAGGAACCUGUGGAAGAAAAAUGAGCUGGAGGUUGAGGGCGUUGAUGUGCCUCAGCCAAUUCAGCACUUUUCAGAACUUGUUCGUCCUCCACUUUCCGUGGAUGAGCGUCUCGUUUCCAAUUUAUUUGAGCGAAAUCAUCGCAUUCCGACUCCUAUUCAAAUGCAGGCGAUUCCGUGUUUAAUUAACAAGAGAGAUGUUCUGGCGUGUGCUCCAACAGGCUCGGGAAAAACUUUGUCCUUUCUCAUUCCCAUGUUUCAUAUUUUGAAGUCCCCUAACACAGAAGCCGGGGUUCGAGGGCUUAUUAUAACGCCCACCAUGGAACUAGCUGAACAAAUUGAAAGGGAGGCUUUUUUUCUCAUGAAGGGCCAAAGAUGGAAGCUUGUUCAACAUGGACAAUCGACUCGAAACAAGGAUAUCUUCAUCACAACACCGAGGCGUGUUUUUACAAUGAUAGAAAAGAAACUAAUUGAUCUUGGCAAUACACAGUAUUUGGUCUUUGAUGAAGUAGACCGUCUUUGGGAUUCGGCGACUGACAAUCUUCAAGUGGUGGACUCAAUCCUUACGGCGUGCACUUUUGAGGAGAAGGUUGUUGCUCUCUUUACCGCAACACUAAGUUCAAAGAUAGAGGGAAUAGCUCGUACUGUAAUGAGUCCAGAUCCAAUCCGUAUUAUUGUCUCUGGUCGUGUUUCAGCAAAUAAGAAAAUUUCACAAGAGCUUGUCUUUUGUGGUAAUGAGUUGGGUAAAAUUGUAGAAAUACGUAACUUGCUCCGUGAGGGAAUCAGCCCUCCAGUGCUUAUUUUUGUCCAGAGUAUCGAACGGACAAAGGAACUGUAUGACGAAAUAAGAUGCCAGGGCCUUAACAUAGCGGUGAUGAAUUCUAAAAUGAACCACGAGGAACGGGAUGAGACAAUAAUGAACUUUCGUUUAGGAAAGUUGUGGGUAAUUAUCACCACUGAUCUUCUUUCCCGCGGGAUUGAUUUUAAGAACAUUGGAACCGUAAUAAAUUUUGAUUUCCCAAUCACCAUUGAGUCUUACAUUCACCGAAUUGGGAGAUGUGGGCGGGCUGGAAAGACGGGCAAGGCCAUAACAUUUUUUACCGAGGAUGAUAAAAAACGGAUUCCGCCAAUUGCUCGUGUUAUAAAGGAGUCAGGGAGUGCUGUUGAAGACUGGAUGCUUGAGAUAAAGUCAGACCGUCGCACACGUCGGCGGCUGGAACGAUCAACACCACACAGAAUGAUAGUCAGUACCAAAAAGAGGAUGCUUGUCGCCGAUCAGCGCAUGGAAAGGCAGCUUCGUCGAUUGGAGAAGGAAGUCAUAAAUGCGGAAGAUGAAGAAUUGGAUGGCCAACACAAGUAG